UCCAUUUCCGCGUUACUUCCACAGUUUUGUUACAGAGUUCCCAUGGAUUGGUGGAGCUCUUGUUAAAGCUCCUCGACCACUUUAACCUGCAGAUCAUGUUUUUAUCAUCUUAAUAGUGCUACCGAGGAGGACAUAUAAACCACAAGCAUCGACUACGUCAACAGAUUAUGUUGUAUUGUGUUUGCAUCUGUGAAUUUAGCUCAUUCAGAAGUUGUUAGGCUGGUCCGUCUAGUUCGCGAGCUUGAGUCGGCGAGAUUUUGAUUCAUAUAACCAUGGCUGAAGCGAACGACGUGGAGCGGACGGACGAAAACGAGUUAAAGGGGGCUACAGGUGGAGAAGAUGUCAAUGAUGAUGUGAUUGUCAAGCAAAGUGCAGUUCUUCUUAGAGGGUACGUUAUUGAGCGUGCUACUGUAGAGGAUCCAAACAUGCAUGUGGGCCAUGAGGACCUUGGAGGAAGACCUCAGGAUGCACAUGAUCCUCAAAUCAAAGAGUUUGUAGAUCAACUUCUGAGGAUAGCAGAGGACCUUAACAGGAAUGCUGAGCUUCAACAUCUUAUUAGUACUGUGGAAGCUAACUGCGCUCAGGAUGUCUUCAUGACCGUGGCCAGGAGCAUCUUUGAAGAUGGCAUUAACUGGGGACGUGUCAUGUCUCUGUUUCACCUCGCAUAUAAGCUUAUUUUCAAGGCACUGAUUCAGAACCACCUUGAAAUUGUCAAGAGGAUCAUUAGCUGGUUUUCACAGUUUAUCAGGGAAAAUAUUUCUGCUUGGAUCAGACUGCAAGGAGGAUGGGGAGGUAUUCUGCAAAGGAUGCCAAGAUGGCGCACCGUGUCCUGCAUCGCUGCGGUGGCGUUCAUCGUAGCUGCUGUUUACUGGAAAAGAACUCGCUAAGAAGUCAUGACGUGCCAGAUUUGCAGUCUCACAAAUGUGGAAACUCGUAUCAAAAGCAAUACAAUGUGUAAUUGUUGCAAACAAACGUACUCAUCUUGAGUCAGGUGGACCAGUUUUGCGGCAUAUAUCUAGACUUAAAGUUGCGUAACUGGUAAAUGAGACAGCCACUACGAUAGAUACUGUUGCCCUUAAUUAGAUUUUUUUUUUCUAUUGAGGUGUUCAAUGCAAUCGGGUGAAGGAGCAACUUUCACCUUGAUUUAUUUAUUGACAGGGAUGUGUUUCUUUACUCAAAGAUUUUUAAAGACACUGCACUUUUUAAAAAAGUGCCUUUUUACUAUGAGUUUUGUAAAAAAAAAAAAAAAUAAUAAUAAUUCUGGAUCACAGUUCAACUUUUUAAUGUGCCACAAAAGUUACCAGCCUUACCUCCAAUCAUCUAAAUAUCUGAAAUCAAAUGUUUACUGUCAAGUUUUUAAAUGAUGUCAUAGGGCAUAAAUAGUCAAAUGCAAUAUAUUAGACCUGUUUAAAGAGAGGUAAACCUAAACAAAGAUUUAAAAUGCAGUUGAAUAAAUGGCUGAAUGGGAUCAGCAUCAGUGUGUUUGGUGAAAGGUAAUAAAUAUGAAAAGAAAUUUCAUACCUUGAAUUAAAAAUGGUUGUAAUGUUAUAAUGUUAUUAUAUACCUUUUUAUUUUAUUUCAGACUAAAUUUCUGUGAUGUAUAACUGUGUUUCUGGUUGGAAAUGCAUUCGUUUAUUUUUUUUGUGAAAAAAAAAAAAAAAAAAAAAUUCUUCCAAUACUGUUCGGUCAUUUUUGACCGAAAUCACCUUUUCUGAUGUAAUAAAAAUUGUUUCCUUUA